CCAACGUCAAACGACCGCACCAACCAAUCCACUUCGCCGGCGAUCCGUCUCAUCUCGUCGCGUCUCCGGCGCCGGCAGACACGGGUAACGCGGCUCCGAGAUCGGCGGGCAGGAUGAUGAUGCUGAUCGAUUGCUCGGGGUGCCGUACCCCGUUGCAGCUGCCGCACGGGGCGCCCUGCAUCCGAUGCGCCAUCUGUGGGGCCGUCACGCACAUCGCCCCCGCCCCUCCCGCCGAGCCCAACCGCGGCGCCGUACAACCGGCGCCGGGGUGGGCGCCGCCGCCGCCGCCGGUGCACGGACGGAAGCGCGCCGUGGUGUGCGGGAUUUCGUAUCGGUACUCGCGGCAUGAGCUGAAGGGCUGCAUCAACGACGCCAAGUGCAUGCGCCACCUGCUCAUGACGCGCUUCAACUUCCCCGACGACUCCAUCAUCAUGCUCAACGAAGAACAAACGGACCCCUACAAAAUCCCAACAAAGCAUAACAUAAGGAUGGCCAUGUAUUGGCUUGUGCAAGGUUGUCAACCUGGAGAUUCAUUGGUGUUCCAUUAUUCUGGGCAUGGAUCACAACAAAGAAAUUACAGUGGAGAUGAGGUUGAUGGGUUCGAUGAAACCCUCUGCCCGUUGGAUUUUGAGACACAAGGGAUGAUUUUGGAUGAUGAGAUAAAUACAGCAUUAGUUCGACCACUUCCUCAUGGAGUUAAACUUCAUGCACUCAUUGAUGCUUGUCAUAGUGGGACUGCACUUGAUUUGCCUUAUCUCUGCAGAAUGAACAGGAGUGGGCAAUAUGUAUGGGAAGAUCACCGACCGCGAUCUGGUGUCUGGAAAGGCACUAGUGGUGGGGAAGCUAUUUCCUUUAGUGGUUGUGAUGAUGAUCAGACCUCUGCAGAUACCUCUGCUUUAUCAAAGAUCACUUCGACUGGUGCAAUGACAUUCUGCUUCAUCCAAGCUAUUGAACGUGGACAGGGCACCACCUACGGUAGUAUCCUGAACUCUAUGCGUUCCACAAUACGCAACACAGGUGACUCAGCGGGUGUAGGUGGCGGUGCUGUUACAUCACUAAUUACAAUGCUUCUUACUGGAGGGAGCCUUUCUGCUGGUGGUCUGAGACAGGAGCCACAACUGACGGCGUGCGAGCCAUUUGAUGUCUAUGCGAAGCCCUUCUCCCUAUGACGUGUUCAUAGUAUUGCCCAAUGUACUAUAUAUCUCCUCCCAUUUCACGUUAUCAUUAUGUACAUUUCGGUAUUAAACCUUGUUCGUUUGUGUCGGAUUGCACCUGUAAUCGUUCCAGCUAAUCAAAGUUUAUAUAAAUUAGAGAAGCAAUCCGGCACAAACGAACAAGACCUUAGAAGUCCUCCAUCCAUCCAGAUUGUUAACAACGCGUGGAAUUGCCCUUUAUUUCCAUGCCCUCACAAUGUUCAGUGCACAGUUGUUAAAGGAGAGUACAAUUUGAUGCC